GGACAAAGGGGGCAUUGUCGUUGGUUCUUUAAAAUGGUGGGUCUGUCAUGGUUGAGUGCCAUCCUAGUUGGGGCUGGCUGUCUUGCCUUGGGGUAUUGCAUUGGUAGGCACCAUCCUACUUAUUUAUUUCUCUCAUCUAGAGGAACUAAAGAUACUGCAUUCUCUAAAGAAAAUAAGAAGAUCAUAGAACCCUUGGAAAUCGAAAAGUUGGCUGACAUUCUAGAGGAUUUUAAAAUGGUAUUGGUUGUAAGAAAUGAUCUUAAUAUGGGUAAAGGGAAAUUUGCUACCCAGUGCAGUCAUGCGACUUUGGGUCUUUACAAAAAUAUCCUACACCAAACACCAAAAGCUUUGAACGGGUGGGAGAUGUGUGCUCAACCGAAGGUGGUUGUGAAAAUUGAUAGCGAGGAAGAUAUGCUAGUUUUGCAAGAGAGGGCAAAAUCACUAAACAUACCGACACAUAUCACCAUUGAUGCAGGGAGAACUCAGAUUGCUCCAAAUUCGAGGACGGUGAUGGCUAUUCUUGGACCUAUAGAAAUGGUGGAUGAUGUAACUGGUGGGCUGAAGCUGUUGUAACAACUUCGAUUUCUUUCUUGGGUAAAGUACAUAAA